CCGGCGCGCUGCCUCCCUCCGCAGAGGGGCUGCGAUCGUGCUCUCCGCGGUGGCGGCGGCGACGCUAUGGAGGGGUGCCCCGCGCCCGAGGCGCCGUAGAGCCGCUGACCCCCGGCCGCACUGCCCUGCCCUGCCCUGCCCUGCCCUGCCCUGCCCGGCGAUGGGAGCCGGCUCGGCCAGGGCAGCUGCGGGCGGGACACCGCCCCCCGCCGGGCGGACGCUGCCGGCGGCGAGGAGAGGCGAGCGGGCGGCGAGGAGGGCGCCAUGGGAGGCAGCUGCAUUACUGUUCCUGUAGAGAUUUUGUUGCUUCACCUCAGACCUAUGUGACUCAGGCGGAAGGAUCAUGACAGAAGUCCUCUUCUCUGCUGCUUUGAAUGGAACUGAACCCAACCUGUUAUCCAGCAGUGGCUGGUCUGCAGGAAAUGCCACCACCAAGUGUUCCCUUACCAAAACCGGCUUCCAGUUCUAUUACCUGCCCACUGUCUACAUUCUGGUCUUCAUCACUGGUUUUUUGGGCAACAGCGUGGCCAUCUGGAUGUUUGUCUUCCACAUGAGGCCUUGGAGCGGCAUAUCAGUUUACAUGUUCAACUUGGCACUAGCCGAUUUCUUGUAUGUCUUGACUCUGCCUGCGCUCAUCUUUUACUACUUCAAUAAAACAGACUGGAUCUUCGGAGAUAUUAUGUGCAAGCUGCAGAGGUUCAUCUUCCACGUGAACCUGUACGGCAGCAUUUUGUUUCUGACUUGCAUAAGUGUGCACAGAUACACAGGAGUGGUGCACCCCUUGAAGUCACUGGGGAGGCUGAAGAAGAAGAAUGCAGUGUAUAUCAGUGCCCUGGUCUGGGUCAUUGUGGUGGCUGUGAUUUCUCCAAUACUAUUCUACUCGGGAACGGGGAUAAGGAAAAAUAAAACCACGACGUGCUAUGACACAACAGCUGAUGAUUUCCUGAGAAGUUACUUCAUUUACAGCAUGUGCACCACGGUGUUUAUGUUCUGCAUCCCAUUCAUACUGAUUCUUGGUUGCUAUGGGCUCAUUGUGAAAGCUCUAAUUUACAAAGAUUUGGACAAUUCUCCUCUCAGGAGAAAGUCAAUUUACCUGGUUAUUAUUGUGUUGACAGUCUUUGCUGUGUCUUACCUUCCUUUCCAUGUGAUGAAGACCUUAAAUCUAAGAGCCAGGGUGGAUUUUCAAACACCACAAAUGUGUGCCUUCAACGACAAGGUUUAUGCCACCUACCAGGUGACGAGGGGUCUGGCCAGCCUCAACAGCUGCGUCGACCCUAUUCUUUACUUUCUGGCAGGCGAUACCUUUCGAAGGCGGCUUUCCAGGGCAACCAGGAAAUCAUCCAGAAGAAGUGAGCACAAUGUGCAGUCGAAGAGCGAGGAAAUGACUCUCAAUAUUUUAUCAGAGUAUAAACAGAACGGAGAUACCAGUUUGUGAACAAAUGUGAAAGAUUUGGGAAGUUUGAAAAAAUCCUCCGCUUUGAGACACCGUAGUGCUACAAAUGUGUGAGGAAAAUCUUACCAGUCUCUCAAAGUUGUUUUAGGUAAAGCCUCAUUAUUUGGUCUUAGAAAAAGCUUAACAAAACCAGUGGAGGAAUUUCAGUGGAAAAUAACCUGUCAAAAUUCUGCUUUUCCCUCUCCUUACAAUAUUCUCAUUUCUUUCUGACUUGUGUCAGAUAAAGUAAAAUGAAGUAAAUCCCCUACAGGAAGAAAGCAAUCCAAGUGCUUCUGUUUUAAUGACUUAGUGUCCCACGUUUAAAAAAUGUUCUCAAUCAGCCUCUCUAGAAAUGGGAAAUAAAGAUAUGAACGAGCAGUAUCUUCUGUUCUGAGGCUCAGUCCACAUACCUAGCCUUCUGCUCACUUGCCAUUGUAAACAAGUAUUUAAAUCAAAGUCACAAUGCAGUUAUCUCACCUUUAUAGUUUUAUUAUUUCUUCAUCCAGUGUUGGUAAUUAUUUGGUAGUUUGGUGGCAUUUAUGAUUCAGUCUCCUUUGAGUGCUGGUGUUUUACAAAAAGUAGGCUUACUGAUGUGUGCAUGAUUAUGCUUUCAGAUUGCAAUGUUUGUUCAUGAAAAAUCUGGACCACCCUUAAAGGCAAAUUGGCUUCCAGGUGAACUGACACCUUGGCCACUGGCAGACAGAUAAGCAGGUCUCGCUAGGAGCUGGUGCAGGCAGGCGCCUGCUUCGCACGUGCGCAUAGUGGUGUGUUUCAUGAACAGAUGUCAGUGUGCAAAUGCGUGGGGGGGUGAUUUGGUUCUGAGCAGCUGAUAGUCUGAUCCUGCCUUCCAUGCUGAGGAAAACCAGCGUGUUGUCAGCGGGGGAGCCACAGGACAGGGCUGAGCAUGGACUGGGCUCACCUGGGGAGUGCGUGGCGAGCUCUGCGGAGCUGGGGCGAGCUGCCCUUCCCACAGGCUGACCAAGAGCUCGCUACAAUGCAAGUGCCUGACUGCUGGUGUUGGGAGCCUUGCUGGAGGUCUUUACGGGUAAAAUGUGAGAAAUGUGUGUACUGAAAAUAACUGUACCUUCGGAGCAGUAAAACUGCAGUCGCUUGAGUUACCUGCGUUUUCAUUUGUAAAAGAGUAUUUCUGUUCCUGGCAGUCUUUAGAGAUAACGUAAGAGUUGUUUCCCAAGAAAAUAGUUAUUAAAAUGGAUAAUAUAAAUGGAUUAUAUUAUACAUAUAUAUAUAUAAAAUAGUUGUGAAUUAGUUUUUUUGUACUGUGACAAAUAAAUCACUGUAUUAACAAGAUGUUGCAAUGGACUACAGACUAAGUCUGGCCCUUCAUUGUAUAUCUUCUCCAAAUGUGGAAUAGGUCAUCCAAAAUUAGCCAAACUGCAAUAUUGUGUAACACAAGAGCUAGUAAUCAGAGCACAGACGUUGAAAUUUUAUAUGGGCAGUUUUACUCAUUUCUCGUAUUUCUAAGAAAUGUAUUUGAAAAUACUGUGUGCAGCAUGCUCUGAAUUAUAAAUUUAGUGUACGAAAUUUAAGUUCUGUGUAAUCCUAAGAGUGAUUUUAACAGGUCUUUGUUUCUCCAGUCUUCAUAGUAAGAGUAAAAUAUUUACAUUUUACUUACUUAUUUCCAGUGAUUGGUAACAAACAAGAAUAGCUCUAGUUGUUUUCUUGACAACAUUGUAAAGCAGCUUCUGUUCACAUGUACAGCUUCUUAAUCUGCAAACUCCCUAUUUAUUGAACUUAUUUAUUAGAAAGCUGAAUGUAAAGUAUGUAAAGUGUGGUUCUCAGUGUCCAUAUGCAGAAUUGGGCAUUAAUGGCAAAUUUAACAGCAUGGUUCAAUCACUGUAAAACUGUGUCUUCUAACAGAACAUCUUGAUAAUAAACUCAAUUCCACCCUGACUAUUCACUGUUGAUACGUAACCUAGUGAUAAAUUAAACUACUGAUUUAUAGCCUAGAGAUAAAUUAAAGUUCUUAGGAAGCAUAGCUUCUAAAAGCAGUGUUAAGCUCUCAUUUAGCCCCAUAAGAUGAAAAAUGUAGAGGUAGUGAAGACAUUCCAGCCAAGGGUCAAUUGCUAAUUAAUCCCUACUGACAAAAGACUGUGGAACAGCACAGCCUAUUUAUAUCACCGGAGAAUGAGCCUGAUUCACAAUAAAUGACUUCUCCUAUUAUGUGAUUAUUUGAGACUUCAUUCAACUGAGGCAUGUCUUGUUUGGAAUGGCAGAUGAAUUAAAUGGAGAGCUAGCAUAAAAAUAGGAUAUUCUCUGAAUCUGCCUCUGUAGGUUUAAAAUCAUCUUCAUUUCCUGGCAUUUCGUGGUCUAUUCCUCAUUUUUCUUUCACUUAGAAAAUAAAAUGUUCCACUAAUACAUGUCUGAAAAAAGAUCUUGAACAGCCACAGCAGAAUGUGAAGCCGCACGCCCAGGUUGGUCCUUAUGGAGUUACUUACAGUUGUUUUGCAAUAUGUCUCUCUAAUAUGGCAAAGUUGGCUCACUAUUACAGUGUGUAUGAAAUCCAACAGUGUUCUACAGGAACACCUGCAGCAGGCUGGGUGUGAUGCAGGAGAGACCCACGGCUGGAUGGAUGCCCUGCCAGGGUGACCCACCUUCUGGACAGCGCUGCUUUUGUAUUGUCUUUCCCACUGUCUUCUGGGUCUUGGACACCUGCAGUGUCUUUCCCCUUUCCUCAUGAACCUGUUGAAAGCUCUGUGUUUUGCUUUGCCCCACUGAAGAGGACUGUCCAGUUGGCCAGUUGAUUGCUGAGGUCUGUUCUGACACUUCAUUUAAUGAAGAUCGCUCUGACUGGUGAUCAGGCAGCUGCAGUCAGCAUCGUCACCUCACAGAGAAGCAUAUGGGAGCCUCCCGACAAACACUGAGAAGGAUCAUUAAGCACAUUUUCCUCAGUUUGUUUUCCAUCUUUCGGAUCCCAUGACCUGCAGAGCCAUCACCUCAGACUGCAUCCUGCCCCCAUGCAACUCUUUGCUGUACAUAUACUGAGAUAUCACAGCCUCCUCCGAAUCAAGCUGGAACUUGAAGCUGAGCCUCAAAAUCUCAUGUAAAGCUCCUGCUCUUUUUUUUUGAGCAUUGCUGUGUUAGACAUGGAGUAGUCAGAACCACUGCAAAGUCACAUUAAAUCCGUACCUCCUUCUAUGUGACUGCUUUUUACCUGCAACAUGACAGAAUGGUGUCUGUUGCACAUGACCUGGAUGAACCCAAGCAACUCCUGUCCAGGCAGUGUGAUGGCUGGAGAUGGCAGGAGGGCUACCUCCUGGAGAACUUGCAAGGCUGUUGUUAAAUAUUUGCCUUUUGGCACUUACCCUUACUGUAUAUUUGUGGAAGACACAAAUAUACAGUCCACCAACUUUAAAGGCCCAAGGUGAUCCCUGUGUUUAUCUAUAAUCCUCUGUAAUGGGCAUAGUCAGAGAACCCUUUCCUAAGCCACUUGUCUGGAGUUUCCUUUUGGUCUAUCCAGUAUGCAAAGGGAAUGCAAUCUCAGCUACAGCCUUUGGGCUGUUAGUUAAUAAUCAGUGAUGACACAGGUGUUUUGUUUACUUGGAAUGAGAUUCAGCUCAUUGUCUCACUACAGGAAGACCACCUGAAGUUCCAUGUUCACUUGUAUUAGCUUUCGACUAGCAAAUGAGAUUAAACCUAUGGUUUAGUGGUUCUGAUUUUAACCUAUUUUUUCUCUGUGUAGAUUUGGGAAU